CCUGCACUUUUAGAUAGCUGUACGUGAUCUUGCACUUCUAUAUAAGAAUCACCACAUGUAUGUAGUUUCCUAAACUUGCAUAUCCUAAACACUUCCCUAUCUACACCAUAUACAUAAUCAUCAUUACUAAUAAAUUUUUCUUCUUUAAUUACUUAUUAAGCAAGCUUGCUUGAUCGAUCCUUUCAUCCAAUAAUCCCUCCAUACAUCUAUACAUACAUACAUUUAUAUAUACUAUAUAGAAAAAAAAAAAAUGGAUUCAAAAUUAGGUGUUAAUAAACCAGGCAUAGAGGUUGUAAUCGGCGAUACACCAAUGAGUUUUAAUAACAACCAUAAGAUGGUUGUUGUAGGUUUUUACGAUCAUUUUGUGUCUUCCAUACUAGCAAAAUUCCAUGCAGGCUUUUUUAGAAUAAGCCUUGCCUUAUGUGCUCAAGUGUUGUUAUGGAAAAACCUAGUCCAAAUUACAAAAGACAACCAUGCUCGUCAAUUCCACCCUAUGCUCUUGUCCCUCCCAUCGACGGCCACUAAUUUAUUAUGGUUGACGGCCUUACUCGUUUUGAUCUCGUUAUCUAUUCUCUACACGUUAAGGUGUUAUCAUCACUUUGACAAGGUGAAGGACGAGUUUUUGCACCAUGUAGGAGUAAACUAUUUGUUUGCUCCUUGGAUGUCAAGCCUGUUAUUGCUUCAAACUUCGCCUAUGCUUGUUGUUCCUGAUGGUAGUAUUUGCCAACAAUUAACUUGGUGGAUGUUUGUAGUACCUAUAAUUAUGCUUGAUAUCAAGUUAUACGGGCAAUGGUUUAUUAAGGGAAAACGAGUUCUAACGAAGGUGGCUAACCCGGCUUGCCAACUAUCCGUCAUAGCAAAUUUGGUAGCAGCAAAGGAAGCUAUGUUUAUGGGAUGGUCAGAGAUGGCGUUGUGCUUUUUCGCAUUGAGCAUGGCUCACUACUUGGUGUUGUUUGUCACCCUUUAUCAAAGACAUCCAGGGAGCAAUGGUGUUUCGCCGUCACUAAGGCCGGUUUUCUUCUUGUUUAUUGCGACUCCAAGCAUGGCUAGCAUAGCAUGGUGCUCAAUUGCCGGGUCCUUUGAUGUUGUAUCAAAGAUGCUCUUCUUUCUCUCCAUGUUUCUCUUCAUGUCCUUGGUAUGUAGGCCAACAUUAUUCAAGAAAUCACUAAGAAAGUUUAGUAUAGCAUGGUGGUCUUUUUCACUUCCUUUGACAACACUGGCUUUGGCAUCCGUCAAGUACGCUCAAGAGGUAAAAGAUGGUGCAGCACAAACACUAGCACUUGCCUUAUCAAUUGUUUCUAUGAUGGUUAUCCUUGCUCUAAUGGUCAUCUCCACCAUCAAGAUCAACAAAUUGUUCCUUGCUACUCAUAAACCAAAAUCAAAUACCAAUAAUCCUAACUAAUUGUUAGCGUAAUUAUUAAUGAAUUACAUUAAUGUACUAAUUGGUUUCAUAUUUCUCCUUUCCUUUUAUUGGGAACGAGGGAAAUUAUAUUAAG